AUGAAUCGCUCUCAGUUGCACUCUCACCCAGAGCACAUUCACGCAGUUUGCUGUGUUAUUGCAGUGGAUCCAUGCACUCAAGACCGUGAUCCAGGAGUUGGCUCUGCCAAAUUGCCACGCUACACAUUCAAUAAGCUUGCGAGAGUAUGUGAACCGUUCACGUAUUACGGCUCAGCUGGUAAUCGCAAUAACUUUCAAUCCCUUCAGGAUUGUCAAAAUCGAUGUCCAGAAUCACCGAAUCCAUGUCCUCAUGCACCACUCAACCCUCAGACUCCAUGCAAUGGCAAUUCUGGAUCGUGUGGCUCGAAUCAGUACUGUCACAACGGACAAUCGCCAUCGACAUCAGUAUGCUGUAAUAAACUGUCCGGUGAGCGUUGUAAUCAACCAGUGGUGUCUGGUGUUGGAAACGCAAAUCUGGUGCGAUGGUACUACAACGCAUUCACACAACAAUGUCAACAGUUCAUCUAUAACGGUCUUCAAGGAAACGAAAACAACUUCCUCACUAGAGAACAGUGCGAGGAUGCAUGCUUUGCGAAUCCAUGCCUACGAGGCACACCGUUCCAAAGCCAAGGCGUUACGGUACAGUGUACACUGAUGAAUCAAGCUGUUUGCCCGGCUGGCUAUUAUUGUCACAUCGGAGCGAACUCUCAAACGAGUGUAUGCUGUCAAGCAUUGGGUAAGUAA